GAUCGAGCGUGACCUUCUUUCUUUAAAACAGAUCUCCAUCAACAUCGAUUCUCUUACUUUCCUUCCUAGCAACCACUCUCACCAACUCUCUCCCUUUAUCACACUCUCCAUCAUACUCAACAUGGUCGGCAUAGAUUACACACAAGCUGGUUGGACAAGGGAACAAGAAGUGACAAAUGCACUAGAGAGUCUAUAUGGAAGAGAAGCAAAGACGAUGUCACAUGCAUCAACCAGCAGCAAAACAACAAAGAAUGGGUACCACCAUGGCACAUUGGACGGAAUUCCAGGAAAGAGACAAUCAAAAAGAAAAGAUUUAAUGGACGCUUUGCGUAAUUUCAAAAAAGAACAAGAACAGCAACAUCACCACAAACAAUCUCACCACCACCACCACAAAUCAUCUUCAAGUGCAUCUUCAAGCGUUACGGGAAUGGCAAGCAAAUCAGGCGGCUCAGUUGCAUCAUCUUCAACUACCCAUCGAUCCGAAAGUCAUCGUGCACUGGCAGCUUUAAACGAGAAGAAACAGUUGGAAAAGAAGUUGAGUCAACAAUUUCAACAAUUAGCAAGCGAAAGUAUCGAAAAAGAAAAUAUGAUGCACGAUUCAAAUGCAUUCUUUGAUAAUACAAAAGCAAGGCGAUCGACCGUCUCAAGUUCAAAGACUCGUCAACGUCCAACAUCCCCUUCUGUUCCGUUCAAUCAUGGUCGAACAAAGAGCUUGUUGAUGCAAUCGACUAAUUUCCUGCGAGGUGCAAAUUCGACAUCACUUCCAACCAGACCAGAGUACAUUGAACAUGAGCGUAUGGCUUCAAUCCCUAGCGAUUACAGUGAACCAAGAAGCAAUUCACAAUCACAUUUGAGCAUACCGACAGCCCCAAGACAAGGCAGGCUAUCAAACGAGGGAAAUAGUAGACCAUCAUACGAGCAGGAUAUGCAAUCAGCAUUAACGUAUCCCAACAGAGGCAGGGCGAGUACUUCGGAUGAACCGCGAUUAAGUCAAGAUCAAUACAGACAACCUUCCCUAUACAAAUCUGUAAGCGCAAGGAAGAGAAGCUAUACGUUGGCAGAUGUGAACGCAGGAUCAAAAUCACCUUCAUUCGAUGAACAGCUGUCCAACAAACAUUUCCAAGAGCCAGAAGUGCAACAUGAGAUCUUAGCCUUACCAUUUGGAUGGACAGCAGAGCAAGAUACUGGUCGAUUGAGUGACGAGUUCUUGACUUCAGUAUCACACGAAGACGAAGGCGUGGAAGAAGAUGGAGAAGGUAUGGAAUGCUUGUCGGCCGAUCUGUUAUUGCCAAGCAGCAUGGCUUCCAGAAAUACAUAUUCUUCUUCUCGAAGAUCAUCAGCCGCAAGACGGUAUGCGUCGUUGUUCAAGAACAAUCGAUCAGAAGAAAGUCUUUUAUCCAUUGCAAGACUUGAUUUAGGCAGUGAAGAUCAUCAUUCUACCAACGAGCAUAACAGCGCUUCUGAUCGGACGAGUAAGCGUGAUAGUGUCAAGCAUGAAAAAGUUACACCCUUGCCACCUCGCCGUCAAGCACGAAGAGCAAGAGUUCAAAGUACUUGUGAUGCAAAGAAGGAAACAAGAAUGGCCAUAAAUGCAGUCAAAAAUGCUCAAGAGGUAGAAACAUCUUCAAAAGGGCUCGUUCGACCUUCGAUGACGGACAGAAGACCGACUUACCAUACUACUACAGCCGCCCCAUUGGAGGUGAAACGACUUCAACGAAGGAUCAGUGAAUCAUCUUUGAGUUCUGCCAAAACAUUCUUCCCUUUGCAUGACGUCAGUAUCGACUCACAAGAGACUCGGACGAACAAUAAAAGACUAAGCAUAGAAGAUACAAACGCUCUAGGUAUUCAGUCGCUAGCACAUCAAAGCGAAACAUCUUUGCAUUCCUCAUCCUCCCGUGACAAUUAUCAUCAACGUCAAGACAGCAUAUCUUCAACUCUUCCUUCUCUGCCAUCCGAUCAACACAUGUUUUCUUCCGGUGAUGAAGACGAAACAAUUGAUCCUACAAGAGUAAGCAUUAGUAGCACAAGCAGCUUUGUAAGCUCUGCGUCAGGAACAAAUGCAUCUCACUCCACCGAUGGAACUUCAAGUCGAGAAGGUCCAAUCGGUCCUAUUAUCGUCCAACCAACCAGAAGAUCAAUCAAGUCUCAACAUUUGUAUAUCCCUGACCCUGUCCCGAUUGACAAAAGAUUGUCCCAAUUAAGCAGUCCAACUUCAUUCGCAUCCGCAAAUAGUGAAGUAUGGGGAAGUUGUUAUUCUAGUACAAAUUCAUCAGAUGCAAUCACUACAAAACAAUUUGGAGCAGGCGAUCAAACGGCCAGCGCUCGUACAAGUAGAAGACCAAGUACGGCAACUGGUUCAGAAAGUGGGGCAAAUGUACCACCGGUACCAACACUUCCCGAAAAGUAUAACGCAUUUUAUCGUGGUGGCAAGAUGACAUCAAAUCCACAAUUGCAACAAAAACCAAGCCUUAGACGAUUCGGAAGCGAAAUGCAUGUGAAUACGUAUGAAAGCCAAUCUUCCGCAAAAGGAUCAUAUGAUGAUAUGGCAUUGCAUUCUUCUGUUAUGAAAAGAAGUUAUACCAGUCCCGUUAUGGAUAGGAAUGAUGGCUCUCAGGAUGACGAUGAAGGAAGUAUAUGUUUGGAAACGCCAACGUUUGGAUAUGUUGCAAGUUUUGUUACCGCAGCCAACUCAACGCCAAGAGCACAGAGCGGAUCAAUGUUCCAAACACCUCAAUGGACAAGUCCACAUUAUUCUCCUUCUUUAGCACAACCUUCUAUGAAUGGAGCUUUGGAUUCACGAUUCACUCGACCGCAAUUCAAUGUGCCAGCAGCAACACGGAAUAGUCACAUUUAUGGGACUCUUGAUCCUAGAUUGGGUAUUUAUCGCAAUCCUGUUUCUCCAAAGACAAAGUCUACAAGCGAUGACGAAGAUGAAGGAGAGGAAGAAGAGAGAAAAGAGAAAAUUAUUUCGGAUUGGCGAGCGAAUAUUGAAGCAAUGCGAAAAGAACAAAAUAAAGCUGUGCAAAAUCGAUUUUCACACGCUGCCAAUCCUUCUUUUGGAUUAGGUUUAAGUCAUGUGAAAAUGGCAUUAGCCGAACAAACCCAUACAUUGACAAAAGUGAAAGAUAUUCAAGCAGAACAAGAAUUAUUACGAUCACGUCCAAAUGCCCAUCGAUCUUCCAUUUCGCAAGUUAUGCAAAAUAGGCGUAAUUCACUCCGCUUGAACGCUACGAAACCGAGAAAUUGAAUGUUGAAUGAAAAUACAGAUUGUAUCAUAAUGACGAGACGAGAUGAUGAAUGACAUAGACUAAAGAUUUAUUCUGAUUUUGCUUUUUUCGUUUUUUCCCUUUGAGCAAUA